UUAAAAAUAAAAAAACAUUGUGAUUGCAUGCUUAUAAUUGCAAACAAACAAAUUUUCUCUCUCCUCCGGUUGCCCCUGUUGCUCGCCUGCUCCUAGCGGUUGGCUGCUUCAGAGUUCGAGUUUAGCUUCAGCCCUUCACGCCUUCAAUCAGUGAAGCUAUUGUAUCAUGGUGAAUGCCACCAAAGGACUCUUCAUCUCCUGUGACAUACCAAUGGCUCAAUUCAUUAUCCAUAUGAAUGGUUCAAUGCCAGCAAACCAGAAAUUCAUAAUACGCGUCCUAGAUGAUACUCACUUAUUUGUGCAACCUCAUGCGGCUGAGAUGAUAAGAAGUGCCAUGUCUGAGUUCAGAGAAGCCAACACUUACGAGAAACCUCCUUAAUGUAACUAAUUACUCCUGUGGUUGGCGGUGCCACCGAAAGUGGCCUUACUUGCCGACUCCGACAUCACCGGCGUAACUUCGCCGCCAACCGACAACCCCUUGAGCCGCGCCUCCAUCUCUUUCCCCCACCUCGACGUCGCCCAACCGACGACAAUGAAGCGCUCAAUGUUGAACUUGGAUGGUCUCACGUUAAGACUAACGUGAGACCGUCUUUUGUAAGACUUUUGCGAUAAAAUAACUAUGUUUGGCAGUUACAAGUUAGAACUUUUUUGACUUGUGAGUAUAUGGCUCUGUGCCGGUCGAACUAAGUUACUUCUUGAUUAGGGCAAAGCUCGACUACAAAGUCUAGACUUAUAAUGAUUGCGUUGACUAAGAUUCAAAUAUUUAAUUAAAUUCAACAAACUUAUGAACAA